AAGAGACAGGACUGGAGACGAGAGCUCACGUCAUUUUCCAUGGUCGUCGGUGCAGAAUAUCAUUGAGAAGCCUGGGAAUUAUCGAAGGGUUUGUUUGUUUAUUUAUUUUAUUUGGCGGUGUUCCCUCUACCCGCACUCACAAGCUCCACGGUUCAUUUCCUCUCUCUGUCUCUCUACCCCUGUACCUGUAAGACAUAGAAACAAUGAGUUCCAUUUCGACUUCACUCGCUUUGACGAGAAACCCAUUAGACUCACCUGUCUUGCCUGUAAAGCCAUUGGAAAAAAGUCUCGGAAAUGCCGGCACCAAUAACGUGUCAUUUUGCCCAAGUUAUUCAAGGAAAGCACAACUAUCGACAUCUAGAGGGACACUCAGAAUUCAAGCGAGUUAUCGUGAUGAUGGAAGUCCAAGCAGUGCAAGUGUAUUUGUUGGUGGUUUUGUCUUGGGAGGACUCAUAGUUGGUGCCCUUGGAUGUGUGUAUGCUCCUCAGAUCAGCAAGGCACUCACUGGCACUGACCGAAAAGAUCUGAUGAGAAAACUACCUAAAUUCAUCUAUGACGAAGAAAAAGCUCUGGAGAAAACAAGGAAAGUACUUGCUGAGAAGAUUGCACAACUGAACUCUGCAAUUGAUGAUGUUUCUUCUCAGCUCCGAACCGAGGAUGUCCCAAAUGGAGCAGCUGUCAAUUCAGAUGAAAUUGAAGCAGCCAUUUGAGAUAACUCCUGACUUUUACAUAGAAUGGAAAACUCUGAAGUGGAACAUAUAUGUUCUGAGUAGUUGUGUUUGUUCUAUGUUAUGCUUAAUAACUACAUGUAUGAUGAUGAAAUAUUGGCAUUGGAACAUGCAACUUUUGAUUAUUUUCAAAAAUAUAUGUUGUUCACCA